AUGACUGCCAUUCUGACUGAGGAGGGGAACGCCACCAACCGGCGGACGUCCCCGCCGGAUGCCCAUGUCGCCAGUCCGGCAACGUCCGAGGCAUGUCGGCAAAUCCACCCUUUGACCAAGGCCACCGCCAUGGCCAAAGAUGCCGUGCGCCAGGCGGCCGCAGCCGCGGCCCAUGGCCAACCCGCUACUUCCGGAAGUCCGGCCCCUUUGGCGGCGUCGCGCUCCUCCACCCCGGAGACCCAAUCGGUCAAUACUCUGCCCCUUUCGGGCGAGCAGGACAUAUCCACGCCCAAUUACUCGGUGACAGGGUCGCCCGUCGUGGCUGGAGCCACACACGCCAACAUGACCGAUUCGGCGGCCUCGCUCAACAACGUGUCAAUGACCACCGACGGCGAGAGUGUCCACGAAAGCGAGUCCCAGGCCGGCUGCUCGCCUCUACUGACAAGACAUUCGCCGACCUCCUCACCGGAAGACUUCGAGCCGGAAGUCCCGGACCCGGCUCCGAAUGGUGCCCGGCGCCUACGUGCUGCUCCCGGUGGCCGGUAUGACACUGCCAAGUUGCCAUUGGGAGACUAUCGUCGCCUGGUGGACCCCUUCCCCUCGGAGCCGGCAGACCCCACCGACGAGGUGAGCCUCAUUAUCCGCGAGAAGCGCAAGCGCAUUGUCCGAACCCGGGCUCCCCCCUCGCGCAUUGUCACAAAGCCCGGAUACUUCCUCAACGGCGGGGCGGUUGGCUCCCGACAGGGUCCCGCGGCUGCGCCGCGUAGGGACAACCCGCCUAAUCGCGGCUCGACCGGGCUCAACUGGUGGAAGAACACAAUCUGGCCUUUUCGGGAGAGCGAAAAUGCCGAUCAGGGGCAUGAUGGAGCCGAGAUGGAUGUCCUUCGCGAGUCUUGGGAGGGCGCCCAUGCGCCGGUGUCCGGAUCUCCGCCGGAAAUCGACCCGUCGCGCUAUGAUCUGACCCAGUCGGACAUUGGCCCGCAGUUUGGGUAUUUCGUGAACAUCGGCGAGGAUGGCUCGCGCGGGCUCAAGUAUGGGGAGUCGAUGCCCUGCUGGUGCAAUGGCCUGUGUGAGCCGGAAGCCCGUGGUUUUGGUGGGCGGCUCGAUCCAGGCAGCCUAUUUUCCGGGCUGCUUCAGGUCCCGGGAGCCCGGGCUGACAGCGCCACCGGAGCCGGUGGGACCGGCGGCCGCCCUGACAGGGCCCCUGCCGCCGCCAGCGCCGCCUUCCUGAUUCCCUCCAUUCGGGAUCUCGAUGCGCCGGCCGCCCAGCCUUACAUCAAUGAGGAUCUGGUGGAGGUCCACGCAACGGGGCCUUGCUGCUCCCAGCGGCUUUGUGAGCGCGAAAACUCCAGCGGGGAGCUCUUGCGGCUGGUACACCGGCCUGAUCGAGCGCCUCUCGGCGUCGGGUCCGUGGGCUGUUCGUCGACCGCCCUUCGGCCCGUACAUGGCCUCAAGCCGCUCAUCCUCGGCUCCAAUGGCGGGGCAUCCGGACUCGCUGUUGGCUCGAUUCCCAAAUCGGACGGGCCAAAUCCGGGCAAGUCGGCCUCGCGUCUGCUUGGCACCCAGUCAUCUGCCAGCAAGUCCAAGAUCCACUCGCUGUCUCGGUCAUCGAGCCUGAGCAAGCGAAACGGCCCAUCUGCUGCCGAUGCACCAUCCAACGACCCGGGGCGUCGGGCACCCCAGCAUCUGGCGAAUGGGUCGGGCGUGCCGCAUUCCGGUGCCACAGCCGGCCAGCCGGCACCCCUGGAGGAGGAUGCAUUUUUUCUGGGCGCCAUGAUCCCGCUCACGAUCCUGGACGCCGAAGAUCUCGAGGACAAAGAAUCCCUUCCCUCGGGAGCUGGACCCUCGUCGCAGCCAAGUUCCUCUUCGGUGGCAACGGCGGCGGCGGCGGCGGCGGCGGCGGCGGCGGCGGCGGCGGCGGCGGCGGCGGCGGCGGCGGCGGCGGCGGCGGAGGUGGAGGCGGAGGCGGAGGCGACGACAGCGGCACCGGCACCGGCACCGGCACCGGCACCGGCGGCGGUCGAGGAAGCGGCAGCACAGGUGCAGGAGCCGGCAGCGGUCUCGGCCGCCGAGAGUGAUGCCGACUCGCCGGACGACGCCACCAUGGCGCGGGCCUCUCGGCGGAUGGUUCUCCUGCCGGCGGCGUCGCCCGCAUCGGCUGAGCGGUCUCCGGGGCUCCAUCAGCACCGGCGCCCCUCCCCCUCGACCCCGGACUUGGAGCCGCAGUUCCGCUUCACCGGGCCGGUGGUCACAUCGCGGGAACACUCGGCCGACGAGCAGCCAUCCAUGCCCCGCCAUCGAAGCCUGGGCCCCGCGGGAGCCUCGCGCACGACGACCCGCCGCGAGGCAUUGGUUGCUGCGCGAUCUCGGAGCGUGGUCUACCGGGCCCGCCUGCAUCAACGCCUGGUUUUGGCAUUGGCCGUGCAGGGGAUUCUCCUGACCCUGCUGGCAGCCGGCGGCGUGGCCAUCCUGGCUGCGUUGUGGGGGCCAACCGCAGCAACAUCGUCUCCCACCACGGAGGCCAUCGCUCUUGGUGGCAGUAGUGAGCCCCUGCGCGGCGGUGACACCCCCGGGGGCUGGGGCACGGUCGCCGGGGUGGCUGCCAACUGGCAGGACACCGAGAGCAGCGACCGCCGCCGGCGGGACAUUGCCUUCGAGCUUGACCUGGAGGAUGCCUUCGGCGAGGUGCAUCCCUGGCGCGAUGCCAAGCACUUCCAGGAUGCCAACCGCCUUACCGGGGGGAAGCUCAGCCGUGGAGUGUCAAUUGCCUUUCGGAUGCGGGAGGGACCGGCCAGCGAGGGGGAUGGCCCGGCCGAUGUGCGCCUCGGGCCAGGGACCCCCGUUCGUCGCAUGGCCCUCCCGCCUCUCACCGAGCUGAUCGAGGAGGAUGCCUGGCUGCCAGUGUCCCGGACCGACCGCUUGAAGGAGGCCGAGGGGGCAACCCGGCCGGAGCCACGCCAGGCAGGCCGGACCCGGAACCCCAUUUGGAGCCCGGUGGGUUCGGCUCGUCAACAUGGGCAGCAUACCGCCCAGCCCCGCCGCCAGUGGGAGCAUCAGCAAGUGGCCAGUAGUGUGGCUUCGACCCCGGUGGUCCUGGCCUCGGUGGGGAUCGGCUGCGCAGCCACCCUGCUUGGCGCGAUCAUCGGCCUGGUGGCAAUUGCUCGGUGGCGGGCAACUGCCAGCAAGACCGAGGGUAAAGGCGAGCGCCCCAUUCCGGUGCAGGGGGAUCGAUCGCUGACCGACCAGGGCCGUGGUGGCGAUGAGAUGCCCGAACAUUCGCAAGCAGAUGACGUGUGUGAGGCGGACAUCGGCCUCCUGUGCCUGGAUGUUGAACGCUGUCCCGUGGCUGGGGUCGCGACCGCGGCCCGGGCUGGGGAGCCCAUCGGCGCCGGAACUGCAGUAGCUUCGACAGACGACGGAAGAGCACCGGAGGGGGAAGCCAUCACCCGGAUGGCCACGAUUGAGCGGCCACCAGUCCUCUGGCCGGUGAGUCUCCUGCUUCGGCCAGCAGCCGCCUAA